AUGCUACACAUUCCGAGUCCAACGGCUCAUGUAGAACACAAGAUUGAUGCAAACAAAGGAAUGAAAGCAGUGUUGAUUCUCACUGUGGCUGCUGCAGCAGCAGCUCAGUACUACGGCACCUACGGACAUGGUGGAUAUGGUGCUGGUCCACUUGCCAGUAAACUUGUAGGCGGUGGUCACAUUGGAGGUACAAGUGUUGGUAUUGGCGGUGGUCUUGGCGUUGGCGGUGGUCUUGGCGUUGGCGGUGGUCUUGGCGUUGGCGGUGGUCUUGGCGUUGGCGGUGGUCUGGUCGGUGGGUACGGAAAGGUGGACUUGAGUGUUGGUGAGAGCGACUACCACUUCUCGUGGCGUCACGACGGAGGCAAGAAGUAUGACUGGCAUACUGCUAACUAUUACUGCUCCAGUCUGGGCAAGGGAUGGCAGGGCGUCAGCAUUGAGACUCCAGAAGAGGACAAAAUCAUCUCAGGCAUCAUCUACAAAGACAAGCUGGAGUACAUCUGGACUGGUGGUUACCGUAGUGGCUACGACUUCGCCUGCCUUCUGGCUAUCCUUCUACGGAAUUAA